CCGCCGCCUCCGCCGCCUCCGCCGCCUCCGCCGCCUCCGCCGCCUCCGCCUCCGCCUCAGUCUCCCAGGGCUCCGAACAGGCCGCGGUUACCGGUUUGCGAUUCCCGGGCUUAAACUCUGCAGCUCCAGUGUCCCGGUGUCCGUGCUCCUGCGAGAUGACGCUCAAGUCGAGCGAAGGCGAGGGUGGGAAUAGCAUGCGCACCGCGCUCUCGGACCUCUACCUGGAACACUUGCUACAGAAGCGCAACCGACCUGAGACUGCAUUGAAUCAGUUGAAUGUUGCCACUGAGGACAUGUACACCAAUGGGUCUACUGUUCCAGGUAGCCCUGCCCAUUCUAAAGGGCAAGAGGCAAGGAAAGUACGUCUCAUACAGUUUGAGAAGAUCACAGAAGAGCCCAUGGGAAUUACUUUGAAGCUGAAUGAAAAACAGUCAUGUACUGUGGCCAGAAUUCUCCAUGGUGGCAUGAUUCAUAGACAAGGCUCCCUUCACGUGGGGGAUGAGAUCCUAGAAAUCAAUGGCACAAAUGUGACUAAUCACUCAGUAGACCAGCUGCAGAAGGCAAUGAAGGAAACCAAAGGAAUGAUCUCAUUAAAAGUAAUUCCUAAUCAGCAGAGUCGUCUUCCUGCACUACAGAUGUUCAUGAGAGCACAGUUCGACUAUGAUCCCAAAAAGGACAAUCUUAUCCCUUGUAAGGAGGCAGGACUGAAGUUUGUUACUGGAGACAUUAUCCAGAUUAUCAACAAAGAUGACAGCAACUGGUGGCAGGGGCGGGUGGAAGGUUCUUCUAAGGAAUCUGCAGGAUUGAUCCCUUCUCCUGAGCUGCAGGAAUGGCGAGUGGCAAGUGUGGCUCAAUCUGCACCAAAUGAAGCUCCAAGCUGCAGUCCCUUUGGGAAGAAGAAGAAGUAUAAAGACAAGUAUCUGGCUAAGCACAGUUCAAUUUUUGACCAGUUGGAUGUUGUUUCCUAUGAGGAAGUUGUCCGACUCCCUGCAUUCAAGAGGAAGACCCUGGUGCUAAUCGGAGCCAGUGGGGUAGGUCGCAGCCAUAUUAAGAAUGCUCUGCUCAGCCAGAAUCCAGAGAAGUUUGUAUACCCUGUCCCAUAUACAACACGGCCACCAAGGAAGAAUGAAGAAGAUGGAAAGGAAUAUCACUUCAUCUCAACAGAGGAAAUGACAAGGAACAUCUCUGCCAACGAGUUCUUGGAAUUUGGCAGCUAUCAGGGCAACAUGUUUGGCACUAAAUUCGAAACAGUGCACCAGAUUCAUAAGCAGGACAAGAUUGCCAUCCUUGACAUUGAGCCCCAGACCCUGAAAAUUGUUCGGACAGCUGAGCUUUCACCUUUCAUUGUGUUCAUCGAACCUACUGAUCAGGGCACUCAGACUGAAGCCCUGCAGCAGCUGCAGAAGGACUCUGAAGCCAUCCGUAGUCAAUAUUCUCACUACUUUGACCUCUCUUUGGUGAAUAAUGGUGUUGAUGAAACUCUUAAGAAAUUGCAAGAAGCCUUUGACCAGGCUUGCAGUUCUCCACAGUGGGUACCUGUCUCCUGGGUUUACUAAGCUUACAGAAUUGGAGAACCUGUUCCAGCCUCUCCCCAGCAUUUGGAAUGCCACCCCUUGCUUAAAUCAAACAGGGCUGCUUCAUCUUCUAGCUAUCUGCAACUGUGCGAAGUAUAUCAGUAUCUCACUCAGGCUACUAAAGGGCUGAAGUUUAAUUUUCCUACUACCUAGAUUUCAAGAUGAUCUCUGGAAAUUGGCAGUGAGUACUAUCCAAUGCAACUGCUGCACAAAGAAAGCAACUGUCCUCAUCCCUCUGAUGCCUGAGCUCCUUUACUUGCAACUAUACUAUCUUUAUGCUCUGAAACUUUCUAAGAUGCCAAAAAUCUAACAGCUGCUCUAGAGAAACCCUCCAAAGCAAUAAAAAAAACUCUGCUGUGUUAAGAUGCUAGUGACCUUGUAACUACAUUUCAACAUCUCCACCACAAUCCCCUAAAAAGCCAGGUUUUAUCUUCUUAAACCUACCAGGCAAGAUGCUUUUCUGGAUUUAACAUAGAGGUGAGGUUCUUUACAGCAAUGUCCUUGAAAAACCUGCCACUGCUACUACAGGUCUCUAAAGGCUGGUUGGUGGUUACAGAGCAUAAAUUGUCUUCUCUAGUAGAAGCCAUUGUGAGCACUCUUAAGCUUCCUAUUAAGUCAUACUAGAAUGAAUGAAAAUAUAUCUUAAAUAAACAGGAGCUGAGGGCUAGGGGUCAGUCGGGCAUUUCAUACCUGCUUAGGCCCAGGUGCCACAAAUGUUUAAAACUUCUGCUGGUAUUCUUGGCUUUGAACACAUUUAAACAGUCAUUUGUAACCAACCUUUCUCCCUUCUUACCCUGUAGUUCAUGCCAGAACUGGCAGUUUUCUACCAGCAAAACAGUUAUACCCCCAAGACUCACUGACACACUACACAAUGCAUCUACUUUGGAGAACAAUGGGUUUGUAUUAAUCCCCCUUGAGAGCAGCUAAGUGCACGUGAUAGGCCCCAAUGCCAAUGGAAGACACAAAAUUGCCAAAGGAAAAGCAAAUUUCAAAUAUGACAGAGAGAUUCCCAUUUUUAAUAAAAAUAUUUUCAUUUUUGUUCUGCCAGCCUAAGAUUAUUAUCAGUUAGUAAACCCAACAGAAAUACUUUUAAAAAGCUACAAAUCACAUUCUUUUCCCAGCAAUGAACAAAUCCAUUCUUCAAAAGAAAAUGAACAUUAAAACAGGAGGAUAUGGGAAUGCUUUGCCACCCCCUCCCCCCCCCGCCCCAAACACAACACCGCACAGAAUGCUAGCCCAAACACCAUGGACACUAUAAGACCAGCAAGACACAUAUCUGAUACCAGAAUAGAUCAGCCCUCACAGGAUAUUGCAGAUAAGAAUUCCCCAGUGAACGUUGUUUAAUUACAUUCUUCUUUUACUCACAGAAGGUCCUAUGCUAUGCUAAAUGUUUUACAAACAUUUAAAAAAGCAAACUAGGAGAGGACUAUUUAUGGCAUUGUUUAAAAUGGCCAUUAAUAAACAGCUGCAGACAGUUACUAGGCAGUUUCAUGUCUGAAGGUGUUCCCCCACUCAAGCAGAGGGGUCAGUGGCAAAAACCUGCUUUUCAUCUCUCAUAUCCUUAAAACAGGACAGGACAAGAUGGCUACACCCUAACCACUGAGAUCACAAGUGGCAGCUAAAGUGUACCAGAACUCUGUAUUCUGUUCUACUCCUUCAACAAAAUGUUUUCUCAAUAAGGCUUUCAUUUCUUCUCCCAGCUUGACAUAAUGCUUCAAGUUGCUUUUACUAUUCAGACAUAUCUUCCACCACUUUUAUUUUCUUCUUCUUCUUUUUCUUUUUGUUGGUAUCACUGUCCUAAAGAAAGAAAAAAAAUAAGUACCCAUUGCCAAAAUAUUUGACUCUUCCCAAAAGAAAUCUUGUAAAUUGCAGUCAAGUCUGUUCAGGAUCUGUAAGGACAUUUGGGAUUAAACAAAUUUUGCCUGUGAA